CACACCCUCCGGUUGAGAUGCCACGGUUCCCUAUGAUUUGAUUGACACUGCUAAAGGGACCUCAGCAGCCGGCUUCGUCACCUCAGAGUAUCCUAAUUCACAUCGCAACACGCCCGGCUGCUGCUCCGUCCGACUCUGCCCCGCGAUCGAAGACAAUUUCUUGCCCCCAUCGACGCUUUCUUUUUCUUCUGGCGCUCGCAGUUGCACUGAAUUCCCCCUGUUGAUGCCGGGAGCCUAGGCCUCGGUCCAACCCUUUCAGCCAACAUGUCGGGAAUGCUCACCAAGUUCGAGUCCAAGUCGUCAAGGGCAAAGGGCAUCGCAUUCCACCCCACACGGCCAUGGAUCCUCGUCUCUCUCCAUUCGUCCACAAUCCAGUUGUGGGAUUAUCGCAUGGGCACGCUGAUUGACCGGUUCGAGGAGCACGACGGCCCUGUGCGCGGUGUCGAUUUCCACAAGACACAGCCCCUGUUCGUAUCGGGUGGUGAUGAUUACAAAAUCAAGGUCUGGUCGUACCAGACACGGCGAUGUCUAUUCACCUUGAACGGCCACCUCGACUAUAUCCGAACCGUCUUCUUCCACCACGAACUCCCCUGGAUUGUCAGUGCCAGUGACGACCAGACGAUCAGGAUAUGGAAUUGGCAGAAUCGCUCUUUGCUCUGCACCAUGACGGGCCACAAUCACUACGCCAUGUGCGCCCAGUUCCACCCCAAGGAAGAUUUGGUGGUCUCGGCCUCGCUCGACCAGUCAGUUCGCGUCUGGGACAUCUCUGGCCUGCGUAAGAAGCACUCGGCGCCGACUUCCAUGUCUUUUGAAGACCAGGUUUCGCGCGCGAAUGCGAAUCAAACAGAUAUGUUUGGCAACACGGAUGCUGUUGUCAAGUUCGUGCUUGAGGGCCACGACAGGGGUGUUAACUGGGUUGCCUUCCAUCCUACGAUGCCGUUGAUUGUCUCAGCAGGAGACGAUCGGCUUAUCAAGCUAUGGCGUAUGAGUGAAACUAAAGCGUGGGAGGUCGAUACUUGCAGAGGGCACUUCCAGAACGCCAGCGGCUGCCUGUUCCACCCACACCAGGACCUAAUUCUGUCUGCGGGCGAAGACAAGACGAUCAGAGUCUGGGAUUUGAACAAGCGGACCGCCGUGCACACCUUUAAGCGGGAGAACGAUCGGUUCUGGGUCAUCGCGGCUCACCCAGAGAUCAACCUCUUCGCUGCUGGCCAUGAUAACGGCGUUAUGGUGUUCAAGCUUGAACGUGAGAGGCCCGCCUCAGCCGUGUACCAGAACUCGCUUUUCUAUAUCACAAAGGACAAAUGUGUCAAGUCCUACGACUUCCAAAAGAAUGUGGAGUCCCCGACAUUGCUGUCGCUCAAGAAGCUCGGCAGCCCUUGGGUGCCUCCCCGCACUCUAUCCUAUAACCCCGCUGAGCGUUCUGUUUUGGUCACUUCCCCUGCCGAUGGCGGCACCUAUGAGCUCGUCAAUCUUCCCCGUGACGGUUCCGGGGUGAUUGAACCCACUGAAUCCAAGCGCGGCCAAGGCAACUCAGCGAUAUUCGUGGCCCGUAACCGCUUUGCCGUCCUGAAUACAUCGACACAGACGGUGGAUAUCAAGGACUUGACCAACAACACGACCAGGUCAUUCAAGCCCCCUAUCGGCACGAGCGAUAUCUACUUCGGCGGGACCGGAAAUCUGCUCAUCAUCACACCGACGGCUGUCCACCUUCAUGACAUCCAGCAAAAGAAGACGACGGCAGAGCUCGCGGUCAACGGUGUCAAGUAUGUGGUUUGGUCCAACGACGGACUCUACGCUGCCCUGCUCAGCAAACACAACGUAACGAUCGUGACCAAGACGCUGGAGCAAGUCAGUACUCUUCAUGAGACGAUCAGGAUCAAGAGCGCCACUUGGGACGAUGCUGGCGUUCUGCUGUACUCGACUUUGAAUCACGUCAAAUACACCCUCCUCAAUGGCGACAACGGAAUUGUUCGGACUCUCGACCAGACCGUAUACCUCGUCCGCGUCAAGGGCCGCAAUGUCUACUGCCUCGACCGUUCGGCUAAGCCUCGAAUCCUGCAAAUCGAUCCCACCGAGUACCGCUUCAAGCUCGCCUUGGUCAAGCGGAAUUACGAGGAGAUGCUUCACAUCAUCCAGAACUCCAGUCUGGUCGGCCAAUCAAUUAUCGCAUAUUUGCAGAAGAAGGGCUAUCCGGAGAUUGCGCUGCAAUUUGUACAGGAUCCGACCACACGAUUCGAGCUCGCGAUCGAGUGCGGGAACCUAGAGGUUGCAGUCGAGAUGGCCAAGCAGCUCGACCGCCCCAAGCUCUGGACCAGGUUAAGUACCGAGGCCCUAGCUCACGGCAAUCACUCCAUCGUCGAGAUGUGCUAUCAACGGUUAAAGCAUUUCGACAAGCUCUCGUUCCUCUACCUCGCCACCGGUGACAUCGGGAAGCUGUCCCGUAUGGCCAAGAUCGCCGAACACCGAGGAGACUAUACCUCCAGGUUCCAGAAUGCCCUCUACCUGGGCGAAGUCGAGGACAGGAUCCAGAUGUUCAAGGAGAUCGACCAAUACCCCCUGGCAUACAUGACGGCCAAGGCCCACGGUUUGGAGGAAGAAUGUCAAUCCAUCCUUGAAGCUAUCGGUUUCACAGAAGAACAGCUCAACCUCCCCACCUUUGGCGAGCCACUUACCCCUCCUAAGCCGGUAGUGCCAACACAUCAGGCCAAUUGGCCGACCAAGGCCACAUCUCAGUCCUUCUUUGAGAAGGCACUUCUAGGUCAGAUGGAGGGUCUGUCACUAGAAGAGGAACCGGCCACCAAUGGUUUGGAUGCGGGUGAAGAGGGUGCUGCCAAGCCGGAUACCCUCGGGGAAGCAGAAGAAGACGAGGACGCUGCCGGAUGGGACAUGGGCGAGGACGUUGUCGCUGAGGUUGAAGAGGGUUUCGUCAACGUGGAGAGUGCCGAUGCUGGGGGUUCGGGCAGCAGCGAGGCAGAUUUGUGGGCCCGCAAUUCGCCUCUCGCAGUCGACCAUGUUGCCGGUGGCUCAUUCGAAACAGCGAUGCAACUCCUCAACCGCCAAGUGGGUGCCGUCAAUUUCGCUCCUCUCAAGCCACGGUUCCUGGAAGUCUACCAGGCAUCUAAGACGUACCUGCCCGCAUCGCCUGGUCUGCCUCCUCUAGUGAACUACGUCCGGCGUACAGUUGAAGAGUCAGAUCCCAGGAAAGUCCUGCCUAUUAUUCCCAGGGACUUGGGUUACCUCGCCGCCAAUGACCUGCAACGGGGCUAUGAUGCCAUGAAGGCGAACAAGCUGGAGGAUGGUGUGAGGAUAUUCAAAGGCAUUUUGCAUUCGGUGCUGGUCAACGCCGUCGGCAGCGAAAGCGAGGUGGCCGAAGCCAAGAAGCUGAUUGCUUCCGCCAGCGAAUACACCGUCGCCAUGUCGAUUGAGCUCGCGCGAAGAGCGCUCGGGACGCCGGAUGCUGUCAGUCAGAACCCUCAACUGCUGAAGCGGAGUUUGGAGCUGUCGGCAUACUUCACAAUCCCCAAGAUUGAGGUGCCGCAUCGGCAGCUUGCGUUGUUGAGCGCCAUGAGAUUGGCCACGCAGAGCAAGAACUACAAUUCGGCGCUGAGCUUUGCCAACAGGAUAUUGGCGAACGGAGGGGCAAGCAAGAUUUUGGAGGGUGCCCGGAAAACAAAGGCUCAGUGCGAGCGCAACCCGCAUGAUGCGGUGGAAAUCGAGUUCGACCAAUUUGCCGAAUUCGAGAUCUGCGCCGCAAGUUACACUCCCAUAUAUAGCGGCACCGCGUACGAGGAAUGCGCGUUCGAUGGGUCCAAGUACCACACCAAAUACAAGGGCACGGUGUGCGCCGUAUGCGAGGUGUGCGAGGUUGGCAAGCACGGUAGCGGACUGAAGCUGUUUGCUUGAGGGCAAAGGGACGUAUAAUGUUACACUGGGAUAUCCUGUGGGACCAGCGCUUCUUCGAGAAACCCGCAAGGGGCACUCACGGCGGGAAAAGUAUGGAGUUAGAUCAACUGGUUACGUCAAGCCUGGGGACAUGACUGAAAUGCGGAGCAUGAGAGAUUAGUUGUAGCACGAGAAGAAUUGUUUGAUCAUAAACAACCCGUUGAAAUU